AUGGAUAUCAUAUUAGGGAUCAAGUUGAACGAUUCUGUUUUAAUUGCCACCUCGAAAGCCGUUACUAGAGGUAUCUCUGUUUUGAAGGCUAGUGAUGAUAAAACCAGAAACUUGGGGGAUCAUUCAGCUAUGGCAUUCACUGGUGAAUCUGGGGAUACUGUUCAAUUUGCUGAAUACGUUCAAGCCAACUUGAAGCUCUUCUCAGUUCGUCAGAAUUAUGAACUUUCACCGAAGGCUAUGGCGUCUUUUGUCAGAAAAGAAUUGGCUACCUCCAUCAGAUCUAGAAAGCCAUUCCAAGUCAAUGUGCUCAUUGGUGGGUGUGAUAUUAACAAAGAAACACCUGAAACCUCUUUGUAUUGGAUAGAUUAUCUUGGAACAAAUGUCGAAUUACCAUACGCUGCGCACGGGUACGCCGCUUUCUACGCUUUGUCAUUAUUGGAUCGCCAUUAUAAACCAGAUUUGAAUGAAGAAGAAGGUAUAAAAUUGUUGCAAUUGUGUAAUAAGGAGCUAUCUACCAGAAUGCCAAUUGACUUCAAGGGUUUAAGAGUGAAGGUUAUAAAUUCCCAAGGAGUGAAGGAGUAUGAUGAUUUGACCGCUCUUUAA